CUGCAGAGGUCUUUCCCGAGGUGUUGGUCUGCCAGGCGGUGAGGAGCUGUGCUGGCCUGUGAACUAUAUCCUUGUUUAUUAAUAUCAUCCGAGAGCCUUAGUGAGAAAUAAACACCAGUCCAAGAUGAAGACCAUCAUCACCUCCCAGACGGUGACCAUCCCUAAGACCAUAGCAGUGAGCGUCAAGAAGCGUGUAGUGACCAUAAGGGGUCCCAGAGGCACCCUGCGUCGCUCCUUCAAGGACAUGAAGCUGGACAUGAAGACACAAAAGGUGAAGAAGGGCACCGUUGUUUCUGUGGAUAAAUGGUACGGAAACCGCAAGGAGGUCGCUGCCGUGCGCACCGUCUGCAGCCACAUUGCCAACAUGGUCACCGGCGUUACUGAUGGUUUCCAGUACAAGAUGCGCGCUGUGUACGCCCAUUUCCCCAUCAACUGCGUCAUCUCAAACAACAACCAGACUGUUGAGAUCCGUAACUUCUUGGGGGAGAAAUUCAUCCGCAAAGUAGACAUGUUACCCGGAGUCACCAUCUCUGCCUCUGCGAAACAAAAGGAUGAGUUUGUUAUUGAGGGCAACUGCCUGGAGUCUGUGUCACAAACUGCUGCACGCAUCCAACAAAGUACGACAGUUAAGUGCAAGGAUAUCCGUAAGUUCUUGGACGGUAUCUACGUGUCAGAAAAGGGUCACGUUGUGGAACAUGAUUAAGUAAAGUUUGACCACAGUU